GUUUAGUUCUUGCUCAGGUUCCGUUUCUUCUGGUUGUGUCUCUGGUUCACAGUUGUGUAAGGUGGCUCUGCUGUAGCUAGUGUCCCUAUGAGGUGCAGACGACGCGGGACGGCAGAAAUUCGGAAAUGAACCCAGUGGCCUUUGAUGAUGUGGCUAUAAACUUCACCCAGGAAGAGUGGGCUUUGCUGGAUCCCUCCCAGAAGAAUCUCUACAGAGAUGUGAUGGAGGAAGUCGUCAGGAACCUGACUUCUAUAGAGAAAGGGUGGGAAGACCAGAACAUUGAAGAUGAGGACAAAAAUCCUGAGACAAAUCUAAGGCACAUCAUAGUCAACUCUGGAUACAACAUAUCUGAAGGUGAAGAAUACUCUGAGAAGCCAUAUAAAUUUACACAGUACAGGAACUCUUUCCUUUCUCUUAUGAGUAUUCAAAGACAUAUGAUAACCGACACUGGAAGUAAGCCUUAUAAGUGUAUGCUAUGUGGGAAAGCCUUUCAUUUCCCCAGUGAAUUCAGAAUCCAUUUAAGAACUCAUACUGGAGAGAAGCCCUAUGAAUGUAAACAGUGUGGGAAAGCUUUCAGUCAUUCCAGCUCCUUUAGAAAACAUGAGAGAACUCACACUGGAGAGAGGCCCUACGUAUGUAAACAAUGUGGAAAAGCCUUUAAUUGUUCUGGUUCCAUCCGAAAACACGAAAGAACUCAUACUGGGGAGAAGCCUUAUGAAUGUAAACAAUGUGGAAAAGCCUUCAACUGUCCCAGUUAUCUUCAAAUUCAUGAAAGAAGCCACACUGGAGAAAAGCCCUAUGAAUGUAAACAGUGUGGGAAAACAUUCAGUUGUUCAAGUUCCCUUCGAAAACAUGAGAGAACUCACACUGGAGAGAAGCCCUAUGAAUGUAAACAGUGUGGGAAAGCCUUUAGUUGUUCCAGUUCCUUUCGAAAGCAUGAACGGACUCAUACUGGGGAGAAGCCCUAUGAAUGCAAACAUUGCGGUAAGGCCUUCUUUUCUCUCACGAGUGUUCGAACACACAUGAUAAAACACACUGGAAAUGGGCCUUUUAAAUGCAAUGUAUGUGAAGAAGUGUUUCCCUUUUCCAGUGUAUUUAGAAGACAUCAAACAUCUCAUGCUGGAGAGAAGUCCUAUGAAUGUAAACAAUGCAAUAGAUGGUUUAGUUCUCUGACCUCACUUCAAAAUCAUGCAAGAAGUCAUAACGGGGAAAAGCCCUACGCCUGUAAACAAAGCGGUAAAGCUUUCAGUUGUCCCAGUUACAUUCGCAAACAUGAACGAGCUCGUGCUGGGGAAAAAUCCUACCCAUGCAAACAGUGUGGUAAGUGCUUCAGUGCUUCCAGUUCUCUUCAAAUACACGAAAGAGUCCAUACUGGAGAAAAGCCCCGUAAAUGUGAACAAGGUGCUCGAGCAUUCAGUUGCUCCACUUCCAUCAGGAAACAUGAACAAACUCGUACUGGGGAGAAAUCCUAUGAAUACAGUGUGGGAAAGCCUUCACUUCCAGUUAGAAUUGAUUACUAACAACAGUCUUAUAAGUAUUCAUAACAGUCUUAUGAAUGUAAGUUCUAGCAAAUCCUUAGUUUCUCUAACAGGUUUUUAUUUGUUUUUUGUUUUUUAACAAAAAUGAUAAAGCACACUGGAAAUGGACGUUUAAAUGUGAGGUAAAAACCUUUCACAGUCCCAGCAUAUUUAGAGCACAUCAAAUAAACUCAUGCAGGAGAGAAACAGUGAGUGCAGACAGUGUGGUAAGUCCUUCACUUCUUCCAGGUAUCCUCAAAACCAUUAAAGAAUUCAUGUUGGAGACUAUCCCUAUUAAUAAAAGCACCGGAGAACCACUUACUACAGUUGCCUUGUAAACAUGAAAAAAAUUGUACCGGAGACACGUCCUUUGAGUACAAAUAAAUAUCACAUUUUCCAUUUGCCCUCAAAGAAACUAAAUACUCCUUGAACAACAAAUCAUCAGAGUGACUGUAAAGGAUAUGAAAAAAACAGAGUUUUCUUAGUUUUUAUAAAGGACACAAAAAAGGAUCAGACUGAACAAUAAGAAGCCCGUGUUUGUGAGAAAAAAGGUAAGGCUUCAGACGCCACAGUUCUCGUAGAUUAUGUGAAAGAACACCUGCUAGCUAAAACACUAUGAAUAGGAAUGGGGGUGGGGGGAAGCAUUCAAAUUUUCAGUGUUCUUCAAAGGCAUAAAAAGACCUCAGAGGGAAAAAAGCCUGUAGGCCUAAGUAAUAUGGGUAGGCUUCAAUUUUUAAACUUCUUUCUGAGAAGCAUAGAAGAACUCUGUAGAAAAGUCUGAGUGUAAGAAAUGUCAGAAGACCUUCAGUUUUUCCACUUUCAUUCAAAGACAUGUUAGAACUCAUCUAGAAAAAGACUGUUGGGUACAGAAAUUCUACUGAGUUCAUUUCUUAUUGAAAGGUACAUGAUACACUGGAGAUGACCAUGCAUUACAUUGACUUUACAAUGUGGGUUAAAGCAUGGAUUGUGUCUUUUUAUAUUAGAUACAAUUUUGUAGUAUUUUGUUGAGACUUUUUACAACUGUAUUCAAAGAGAUUUAUGUAUCUUGGUAUAGUAUAUAAUAUAAUAUUAUUUAGUACAUACAGUGUAUGCAUGUAUAUAUGUGUAUCUGUAGGAUACAGUAUAGUUUGUAUAUGAGUAGUAUAUAUUAUAUAACUAGUUUAUAUGGUAUGUAAUUAAAUGUAACCACUAUUUUACUAUAGUAUUAUACUAUAUGGCUAUGCUAUUGAAGUCUUAUCAGUGUGUAGAAUAAAGUAUUUCAGUUACCCACCCCA